UAACAUAAAUAUAUAAGCCUCCUUCUGUGAAAUAUAGAAUUAUUCCUUUCAAUAAUGCUUCGGUCGAUGUAUCAAAGGUCUAAUGCUUUUAGGCUUAUGCUUCCAUCUCGCCGAUUGCAGCAAACAGUCGCGGAAACCCAGAUCAAACAUAUACCGACGCCAGCUCCGCCAGUGAACCCAAUAGUUAAGUCAAGUCCAAAUAAAACAGUCGGCAAAUGGUUUCUAGGAUGCAGUGGCAUGGUCUUCGUUGCUGUUGGACUGGGUGGCGUGACAAGGCUGACUGAGUCUGGCCUUUCAAUGGUAUCUUGGAACUUGAUUGGCGAGCAUAUGCCACGAAAUCGAGAUGAAUGGAUUAAAGAGUUUGAGAAAUAUCAACAGUAUCCAGAAUUUAAGCUAAAGAAUGCCAAAAUGACUGUGGACGAGUUUAAAUUUAUUUAUAUAAUGGAAUAUAUACACAGAAUGUGGGGUCGUGCAAUUGGAGCAUUUUUCAUACUGCCUGCCGCAUACUUCUGGAAGAAGGGCUACUUUUGCGCAAAAACAAAGAAAAUGGUUCUGGUAUUGGGAACAUUAAUUGGCCUGCAAGGAUUGAUGGGAUGGUAUAUGGUUAAGUCCGGAUUGGAGAACAGAUUUGAUAAUCCAAAUGAUGUGCCUCGAGUUUCUCAAUAUCGACUAGCCUCCCAUUUAGCUGCAGCAUUUGUGCUAUAUUCGUUAUUCUUAUCGAACGCGAUGUCGAAAUUGAUACCAGCGGAAUCAUUGACGUCGGCAGCAAAGCGUAUACCUAAAAUAAAAAUGCUGUCGCACUUAACGAAAGGCAUGGUGUUCCUGACGGCAAUCUCUGGUGCAUUUGUGGCUGGACUGGAUGCUGGAUUGGUUUACAACUCAUUUCCGAAAAUGGGUGAUGACUGGAUACCCGAUGACAUUCUGCAAUUUAAGCCAAUACUCAGAAAUGUUACAGAAAACCCAACAACGGUUCAAUUUAACCAUCGCAUCUUAGGCAUCACAACUGUAUCAUUGAUCACAGCCUUGUGGCUGACAAUGAGAGGACAGAAACUGCCCAAGCGUGCAAAGUGGGCUAUCAAUGCGGUCGCUGUUAUGGCCUGGACCCAAGCUACCUUAGGUGUAACUACCUUGUUAAAUUAUGUACCUGUGCCUUUGGCAACAGCUCAUCAAUCUGGUUCAUUGAUACUCCUAAGCACUGCCGUGUGGCUUUCACAUGAACUUCGGCUUUUGAAGUACAUACCUAAGUAAAUAAUAGUAUUUGUUUGAUAUUGAUGAUUAC